UUCCUUUCCCGCGGUGUGCAUGUGUACGCGUGUGUGUUUCUGUGUGUGUGUGUGUGUAUGUGCAGCGCGAGUUUCCGGUACUCGUGACUAGUGAUGGCGCUGCCGCGGCUGCUGCUGCUAGAGCUCGCGCUCCACGCCUGCUGCUUCAUCUGCGGAAUUAUUACCGCCGCCUCCGUCACUCUGUCUCAGGGUGACUUUUCAGGAAAAUGUUUGCUGUACGGCUCUGUGCGCUCCAACGCUUCAGAAAUUGACCUGAGCUGGUCCAGCGCUACUUCUCUCUGUUACUUCGUGUCAGGCAUCUCUGUAUGUGUAGCUAUCUUCUGCUUCUGCACCAUCCUUUACUGGGUCUACAUGAUCUGUAUGGAUGGAGAGGUUGAAAGAGAGAGAAUAUCGAUGACUUUCUCCUUGCUUGUAAGCGGACUGUUCCUCUUCUUCCUCCUGGUGACGGGAUGCAUCCUGAAAGUGGGCCGAGACAAACUUUGUGAAUCCGUCCUCAACACAGUGUCCAAUAUAACCAGGUGUGAGGAGGCUCAAACCAAGACAUGGAAAAGCCCUUUGAUUGGGUCUAGUUUCUACUCCAAACUACACAGUGCCGAGAUGGCAUUGUGGGUGAAUUUAAUCAUCUGGAUAAUAGUAGUUGUUCUGGUGGUGGUCCAGCGUAGAUGGGGCUCUCAGUACAACGCUCGAGAGGUGGACCCUGGAGCCAGUCCUUCUGAAACAGAACCUUUCUUCAAACAGCCAGGACAUCCCAACUGAACACACAAAAGAUGGCACAGACAUUGUGGCAUGCUUACAUUGAACACACAAUAAGCCAAUCACAGAUUGAGAUAAGCGCACACACACACGCACACACACACACAGAUGCAGGCACAGUACUGGUUUUGGCUACCUCGGUCAGUGGUCGUGGUUUUGCUCCCAGUGGUAUCAAGGCCUUGUUGCCAUGGCUACUGACCAGCAAUUGGCAGCAGUAGCUUGGCAGAUAAGAGAGUAAGGUUGCCAGAUUGGUGUUACUGAUUCAUACUGAUUUAAACACAAAUUGAAAUGCACAAAUAUGACUAGAUUAACGAGUACACUAUCAUAUGUAAAUGAAUCAUUUUUAUGUGCCCUUUGGGAUGUAUUAAAAUUGCAGAUGCAUUUUUGUGUGGUAGUAUUAUACUGUGUUAUUAGUAAAUGGACGACAUUAUGGAACAAAUAAGUGCUUUGAGACUUAUUUUAUAUUAUACGUGUUUUACAGUGCUGAAAACUGAAAAGUUUAUUGGUAUCUUUUGUGCGUUUUUACAACAUUAGCUCCACCUGCUGUCAGUUUUUAACAAUUCAGAUAAUGAAAGUCCAGAUGUUCAGCGCUAGUUAUUUUGAAGCUGUAUCUUCAUACUGUCAAAAAUGUUCCUUUAUGCCAAGACUGUUUUCCUUGGGUUUAGAUUAACAGGAUGCUUUAUUUUUUGAUAUUACAUCUGUAUAUAAAUUGAAAAUAUGUUUGGAUAAUGCACUAUCUUUGCUGCACUAUUCAUGCUGCACUAUCAAUAGGUUUAUAAUAAGAUUUGCAUGCUAGUUGUCAAAAACCAUUUUACUGCCCACCGCACAACAUUAAUCAAGGACACUGGCCUUUCUGAUUUCCCCACACAUAAAAAAAAAAAAAAGCUAUUUCUUUGUUUAUUUACAUUAAACUACAGUUCUCAUUGUGAUCAUUGGUUUUAUCUGUGUAGAUUUAAUCUGAACCACCUUUUUAUCUAUGCAAUUUAUUGUACACCAAAAUGAAUAUCAUCUGGAUAUUGCCUUAUUAUUUUCCUUUAUGUAUUUUUUUAUCUUAAAAUGUUUUUACAUGUAAGUAUGCCAAGGUAGACAUAAAAAUCACUGAAUAAAGUUAAAACAAA